AUGAAGAACCCUUUUGAUAUGUCCGAGAUCGACAGUGCUGUUGAUGAGACGGAGAACCAAAUUAAUAUCAAUGCCUACCAGUCCCAUGAUGGCAAUCGCUCUAUUAUCCAGAAUGAAGAACGCCGUGGUGAUGAUCUUCACAACCGCUUUAUUGGUGCGAUCGAUACUGGCACUACCAGCUCUCGUUUCAUUAUCUUUGACUGCACUGGUGUCCCGGUCGCUAAAUACCAGACUGAAUUCCCUCAGAUUCACCACUACUCAGGAUGCCAUGAACAAGACCCCUUUGACCUAGUUGACUCUGUCUACAUUUGUAUCGAAGAAGCUAUGAAAUCCUUCCUCGCCCUGGGUCACUCCAAGGAUGAUAUCGAAGCCAUUGGUGUCACCAGUCAACGAGAGACUACGAUUUGCUGGGACUGGGAAACGGGUGAACCUCUGUACAACGCCAUUGCCUGGCCCGACACCAGAACCCUGGGCCUUGUCCGCGAGUUGAAGGCUAAGCCCGGAGCCGAGGACCUGGCCAAGAUCUGUGGUCUCCCCCUCUCGACCUACCCCUCCUCCGUCUCAUUGGUCUGGCUUCUCCAGAACAGCCCCGAAGUCCAGGACGCUUACGAGGAAGGCCGCCUUGCCUUCGGUACUGUUGACUCUUGGCUCCUGUACAACCUGAACGGUGGCGUGGAAGGAGGUCGUCUCGUGACCGAUGUGACCAACGCAUCCAGAACCAUGUUCAUGAACCUUGAAACUCUCGAAUACGAUGACCGCUUGCUGAAGUUCUUUGGCAUUGACCGGAACAAGAUCCGUCUUCCUGAAAUCAUUCCGUCUGCCGACCGUGAAGGUUUUGGUUGUGUCUCCUCUGGCCCUCUUGAGGGUGUGCCCAUCACCAGCUGUUUGGGUGAUCAGUCUGCCGCUUUGGUGGGCCACUGCGCUUUUACCCCCGGUUCUGCCAAGAACACCUAUGGUACCGGUUGUUUCCUUCUGUACAACGUUGGCCAGGAGCCUAUCAUCUCGAGUCAUGGUUUGCUGAGCACCGUGGGUUUCCAGUUGAGUCGGGACAAGAAGCCUGUGUACGCUCUCGAAGGUAGUGUGGCGGUCGCUGGAAGCGGUGUUUCAUUCCUCAUGAAUAACUUGGGUUUCUUCCGUGACUCGCGCAAGGUCAGUGAUCUCGCUGGGUCCGUUCCAGACAGUGGUGGUUGCGUCUUCGUCACUGCCUUCUCUGGUCUCUUUGCUCCUUACUGGAUUGAUGAUGCCAAGGGAACUAUCUUUGGUAUCACUCAGCACACACAGCGUGGCCACAUUGCUCGCGCAACCAUGGAGGCCGCUUGCUUCCAAACCAAAGCUAUUCUCGAUGCCAUGGCUAAGGACAGUGGACAUAACUUGUCCGAGUUGACCGUCGAUGGUGGAAUGAGUAACUCGGAUAUUUGCAUGCAGUCUCAAGCCGAUAUCAUUCAAAUUCCCAUAGAGCGCCCCGCUAUGCACGAAACCACCGCCCUCGGAGCUGCAAUUGCCGCGGGGUACGCCAUCAACAUAUGGAAGGAGUUUAGCGAACUGAAGAACAUGAACCGCGCCAACACUACAACCUUCGAGCCAAAGAUCACCCCCGCCAAGAGUGCCAGGAUGUACAAGCAGUGGGAAAAAGCUGUUGACAUGUCUCGUGGCUGGCUCAACACGGACGAAGCCGAAGCCGAAGACGAAUAA